UACUAUACAGUAUACACACACAAUUCCGGUUGAUAAAGCGCUCUGCGUGAGCUGAGCUGAGCUAGGCGUCGCGCGCGAUGUCGUCGCUGUACCCGUCUCUCCUCUCGCUGAGCGAGAGCCCCGCCGAGUACCGGCAGGUCGGCGGUGGCCGCUACGCGGGGGAGGACGUCGUCGACGACGACGACGACAUGGCUGCCGUCGCCGACGCUGUGUCCAGCUACCUCUCCUUCGACAUGGACGACGUCGAGUAUUACACGCCGGAGGUGGGCUUCCACUCAAAGCAGCACAACCCGCCGCCAGUUGCUGCGGCGCCACUGGAAGCCGGAGGAGGCAGGGAGCAAAGCCGGCGGGAAGCCGCCGUCAAUCUUGGCAAGAUGGACAGGGGACCGGCGCCGGUGAGCGGCGGCGCGGCGACUGGCGGCGUGCCGAGGAGCAAGAACGGCAGCAAGAUCGCGUUCAAGACGAGGUCGGAGGUGGACGUGCUGGACGACGGCUACCGGUGGAGGAAGUACGGCAAGAAGAUGGUCAAGAACAGCCCCAACCCAAGGAACUACUACCGGUGCUCGAGCGAGGGGUGCCGCGUGAAGAAGCGGGUGGAGCGCGCCCGGGACGACGCGCGCUUCGUCGUCACCACCUACGACGGCGUCCACAACCACCCGGCGCCGCUGCACCUCAGGCCGCAGCUGCCGCCGCCCGGCGGCUACUCGAUCGCCGGGGCACCGGCCGUGGUGGCGCCGCACGGCCGCCUCGGGCUGGAGGAGGCCGAGGUGAUCGCUCUCUUCAGGGGCACCACCGCCACCUCGCUGCUGCUUCCUUGACCGGCCAGUCCGACGCGGCGGCGCCGGCGGCGACAACUGACUAGCUAGUGUGAGUCCUGGGCCGUACAGGAAUGGACAAUUAGUUUGUCUCCGAUCGAGGACCAAGGCGACCUGAAUCAAAAUUACGGCCCAUCGAUAUAUAGUAGGUCGUUUAAUUCAUCGAAAUUAGACGAAUUUCAUGUACAAUUAUUGCAUUACAGUAUUAUUUGAAACAGUAUUGUAUAUAUUUGCUAUACAAUUUGAUGGAUCGUAUGUCUUUAGCAGUUGUAAGUAUAUUAAUCUAUAGAUCUAGUAGUUCAGCCAUGAUAAACCUUUAAUUAUUUGUCUAGAAACAACAGCCAUGAUAGACGCUAUGGGUCAUACCAUUUUUUAAUUAGUGAGAUAGGAGAUUUAAUUACCUCAUUCGUUGCAUGGAGUAAAAGAGAACUUUCCUUAGCUCU